UUACAAAACUCCCUCCAUUUCCCACCCCGUCUCGCUCACCACAAGAAUCCAAAAUCAUCACAGCAGAAGAGAGAGAGAGGGAAAGGAGAGAGAAAGAAGAGAGAGAGAGAGAGAGAGAGACAGAGAGAGAGAGAGAGAGACCAUGGCUUCCGCCGUCGCUUGCAAGGGUGCCGCGCCGGCAGGCCUCCUCAAGUCCGGUGCUCCCGUGGCCUUCUGCGCGCCCCACUCCCCCGCCGUCAACGCCGCCCGCCGCCCGUACAACACCCAGGUCAAGGAGGUCAACCGCUACGACGACGACGACGACGACGACUACAGCGGCCGCGACCUCGUCAUCCCCAGCUUCUUCUCGCAGGACGUGCUCGACCCGCUCGGCGCGCCGACCAGCAUGGCCCGUCUGCUGUCUCUGAUGGAGGACGUUGCAACUCAGACCGGCCUCUCUUCCACUGCCGGGGCAUCGCGGCUCGGACGCUGGGUGGCCAAGGAGGACGACGACGCGGUGUACCUCAAGGUGCCGAUGCCCGGGCUGACCAAGGAGCACGUGAAGGUGCGCGCGGACAAGAACAUCCUGGUGAUCGAGGGCGAGGGCGAGAAGCAGCCCUGGGACGGCGACGACGACUCCGCGGUGCCGAGGUACAACCGCCGCAUCGAGAUGCCCGCUGACGCGUACAAGUUGGACAAGAUCAAGGCCGAGAUGAAGAAUGGCGUGCUCUGGGUGACCCUGCUCAAGGUGAAGGAGGACGAGCGCAAGGACGUGUUCCAUGUCAAGGUCGAGUAGGUAGUGGUAGCGGUAGUGCUCAUGCAGGAUGGCCGGCGCGAGAGUGUGAGAGACGCCCUGUUGAUCUGGUCAUGUUUGGUGUCUUUCUUCCUUGUUUUGCUUCGUUGAUCGUCUUGGAUCGAGUUGGUGGUGGUCUGGCGGUGAAGUUGGUCGCGAAGUCUGUUAAUUUCCUCUAGUUUGGCAUAUGAUGAACUUACUUUGGUGGUGAAAUUGGUCAUGAAAUUCUGUUGAUUUCCUCAAUUUGGUAUAUGAUGAACUGAUUUGGUGGGGAAUUUGGUCAUGAAA